UAUGAAAUUGACAUUAAAUUAAUAUAAUGCUUUUGGGUUAUAAAAAUAAAAGUUUAUAAUAUUGUCGCAAUUGCUGCUGUAGGUGACAUUCGUCACAGGUUAUGAAAAACAAUUAACAUAAAAACAAAUGUUUUACUCUAUUAUAUUUUGUAUGUUGUAUCAAAAAAUUAUUAUUUUGUACCUACUAAAUACAGAAUGUCAAAUAUAUGACCAUUAAACACUAUAUAGCUAUUGGUGGGUACCUAACAGGAAACAGGAAAUCCGAUAGCAGAUGGCAGUUGGGCAGUAAAUUACUACCUACCUAUUGUGUUACCUUCAGUAUUACGGGUGACAGGUGAAUUCAUUCGUGCGUUGACUCUUGAGUGUUAGGAUGUGUAAUACUAAACUAUAAUAUUAGUUUUCGAAUUUAUUCAUCGUAGGUGUUUUCUAGUUUCGAUGCAAAUGCUUGAUGUUUCAUACCUCGUACAAUGACGUUUUGAGUGUCUUAUAAAUUAUAAUUAUUACUUUCAAAAUCACGUACCCCUAUUAUAAUAAUAGCAUUAUUGUUUAUACAUUAUUUCUACAUUUACUGUCCGUGAUGGACGAAGACAUACGAUAUCAACGCCUUCCCCAAUCGUUCUCGGUUAGGGAACUCGGAUCUUCCGAGGCCAGAGGUUUAUGGGGAAUUAAACACACGCGGAAACCAGUUGAUCUGAUGGUAGCAAAAGCUAAGAGUUCGUCAACACCCUUACAGCCACAAGUUGAACUACGAAUCACUGAGGACGGAUGUGAAAUUAUCGGAGACAAAUUUAAAAAAGUUUUUCCCAUUCACACAGUUUCUUACGGCGUUCAAGAUUUGGUGUACACAAGAGUUUUCUGCAUGAUAGUCGUUAAAGAACAAAUUAGUGCGGACAGAAAACCAUUCGAUUGUGUGGCGUUUGUCUGUGAGAGCCGUCAAGCUGCAAGAAAUUUGACCUAUACAUUAGCUACGGCGUUUCAAGCAUAUAGCAGGAAAGUACGUAGUACUGGAACAUCUAAAUCUCGCUUUGCCAUUGAUUUAAGAACUGCUGAUGAACUAGAAAUGGAUCUUAGGAAAGUUGACUCUGAGGCAUAAUAUUGUCAAUUGUCAUAUUUAUUGUUUUAUUUUAAGAUAAAGGGAUUAUAUAAUCAUGUUUAUUAUAUAGGCUUAUGGAUUGUAUAGAUUGUAAUAUGAUUUAAAACAAAAAAUGCUUUUAUAGUUGAUGUUAUAAUUUUUUAACUCAAGAUUUUAUUAGGAUUUUCUAGCAACCUUUUACUUGUGUAUUUUAUUUUUCAACACGAUUACAAAUAUAAUAAUUGUGAUGUUUAAUAAAUUUUUAAUUAAA